AUGGACGAGAAAAUGCACCAGGUUGAAUCAUUGAUGGGCGGACUGGGACGCAAAUGCAAUAAUCGGCUUAUAGAUCGGAAGGUCACGAAUCUACAGACCUGGACAGCAGCAAUUGGUGCAAAAGGUAUGCCUUUCGCCUCAGUCAAUGUUAGCUGGCAUAUAUUUACAACUGUUGACCUGAUGCCCUCAGACGCUAUUAAAUUAGCCUUCACGUCCCAGCUCGCUGUCCUCAAAGCGUGUCCGGAUGUCAUAUCAUCACUGUUUAGGACAGGCGGCUCCUUAUUACUGGUAGCAAAGGUCUUGGUUCUCUCUCGCCUGCUUCACACGAAGCUUUCGAAACGCCCCAGUCCUCUGCCAUAUCUCGAAAAGCUGCGCGAGCGAUUAGCCAUCUUACGCAGAAAAUUGCUGAGAAGGAUUGAUGGACACUUCAAGUCUGUAGAUGCAGACAUACCGGCGUUGACUGAGGCUAUGUGUGCAUUUUCCCUGGCGACAAGCUCGGGUCCAUCAGAUAUUGUCAAGCAUUUCCAUCACAUACGCUCUGAGGCUAUGCGUGGGCGAAUGGGCGAGGGUGCAAUAGGUCAAAAGGGAAUGCUGGAAGCGCUACAGCUCUAUGUGAAGACCCUGCGCGACACUCAGUCCAUAGUUCCUUCGCAGCUCGCCAGAGCACUACAAGAAGACAGGACUUUGCAAAUCAUGAAUAGUCCUGAGGUUCGGGAUCUGAUAGAGCUGAACUUGGACGUGCAUGAGCGCUGGCUUGGGAAUGAUGUCAGAAACUUUACACCAUACACCAGAUACGACGAGCUCGUGAAGCCUCAGGCGGAAAAAUUGUUAAGAACUUGGGCCAAGCCAGCAAUCGAGGGCUUCCUUACAAGUUUGAGAGCUCGCGCGCAAACCGUGGAAGAACUAGAGCAGCUGAUGGUUUUACGGAGAGAGGUACUUGAGCUUUGGUUAGGGCAGCGGAGGUACGCUCUUGGUGUCGAUACGGCUGUCAUACUGGAUGGUCUACGCGAUGUUUUCAACGAGAGAGCUGCCGUGCUAGUGCAGGAAAGGGCUAUGGAGCUUCAGACAGUAGCCCAGGAAGUGGACGAGAAUUUGGAGCUUUGGGAGCCAGGUGUCACUGACUCCUUGCCGUCUCUCUGGUCUACCGAAAUGACGUCUAUGGAGACCAGCAAUGGGGCGAAGGCCUUCCGCCAGAAACUCAUCAACAUCUUUGCCGGCAAGAAUGAUGCGAUUGCUGGUGUUUGCUCAAAGUAUGACGAAUGGUUUAAGGCUAUCGAGAGUAUAGAAAAAAUCAUACUAGAAGCGAAGAAGAUCAAGUGGGAAGAUGAACUUGACGAUAUGGACGACGAAGAUGACCUGCUCGACAAUAAUCAAAUACUCCUCAGCGAAGACGAUCCCAGAUCUUUAGACGAGAGCCUCUUCAAUGAUCUCCGGAAAGUUUUUGCUAACCUGGAAAGAACCUUGAAGUCAUGCGCAUCGCAAUUGAAACAGCAACGUGUAGAAGAUAGCCGGCCUGCUGUCUUUCUUCUCCGCUCAUGCCGCGAAAUCCGCCAACAUCUGCCGAUCAGUUAUCAGAAUCCAAACUUCGCAGAAGGUGUUCUGCAUGAUCUCCUCGGAAUCAUAGGACAUGCAGCUGCAGAAGCUCCUCUAGCGAAAGGAUCUAAGCAAAUAAUGAAGUUGAGUCUAAGCAAGCGUUUCCAUGCAAGAGCUCUCUGGGAAGGUGACCCCGAGCUACCUCUUCUGCCUUCGCCAUGGGCAUAUCGCUUGCUAAUGGAAGUGACGCAAGCAAUGGCGAGUUUAGGCGCGGAUAUAUGGACUCCAGUUGCGGUGAGGAGGGUUAAAGACGCUAUGAACAGCAAGCUUGCGGGAGUGGUGGAAGACAUGUCUCAAAAGGGCGAGGGACAGGUCAAUGGAGCUGUCAACGGCGACACGAAGGAACAUGUUACGGUUGAGAACGGAGAGUCCGCUGACGCAAAUGACACCGCAAAUGUGCGCAACGACGAUUUGACAGGCGGCGAUAGCUCGAUGAAUGCGGAAGCCAGUCUCCAAGCGAAUGGUGUCUCCAUAAACGAUAACGCGACCCAGGACGCAUCCAUAGCAAAGGAUAUCAGCGUGCAAAUUCUCUUCGACUUGUUCUAUUUGGGUGAAGCCGUCGUUGUGGAUCGAAAAGAGCCUGCAGGUUCCGGAAUAUAUCGGCUGACCGAUCUGCCAAAACGAAUCGGUGGGCAAGAAAUCGACUUGUCUACGAGAGAAGUUGAUCGCCUCAGGAAGAGCGCAGCUGAGUACUGGAAGCGGACGAGCUUGCUCUUUGGGCUGUUGGCAUAA